AUGGCAGAGGUUAUUAUUCAAAAUUCAAGAAAAAUGUAUGGAAACUCAUCAGAUCUAAAUUAUCACUUUUGUGAACAAAUAUUGUACAUUGAAAUAGGAAAUUCAAGAAUUAAAGCUUGGGAUGUUAUUAUAUUUGUACCAAAUCUACUAUUUUUAUUGCUUUUAAUCGCUCGAUUCAACAGAGCACGUUUAAAACUUCGAGCUACAAGUAGUCCAAUAUUUAUUACUUUUUACGGAUUGGUUUUAGUUAAUGUUUUAAUAAGUUUAAUACGAUGCUGUGUUUCCAUGACCUUAAGUGCAGCAAUGAUUUCAGGAGGUUACACAGAUAAAAUUCUGUGGGUUAUUGUUAGGUUUUUCAUGCUGUCAACAGAAAUGUGUGUUGUCAUUUUUGGCCUAGCUUUCGGUCACUUAGACAGUAGAAGUAGCAUUCGUUAUGUUCUUCUAGCUACUUCUUUUAUUUCUCUUGCUUUUUCUAUCACUCAGGGUACAUUAGAAGUAAUUUCUCCUGAUACUUUUACAUUUGGAAAUAAUAGCGUUUUCAAACAUGGUGGAAUGCUUUUCUGGUUUAUUACAUCUUUCAUUUUUGCAAUUGCAUACUUUUUGGUUUUAAUAUUGCCUUGGACAAAAUUAAGAGAAAGAAUAGUUUUACCGACAAGGCAUUCAUUUUACUUGUACAUAUUUUUCCUUGCUCUUUUGGAUGUUGUCCAAACUAUUGGAAGUGGUUUGCUGUAUUAUGGCGGUUACGUUUCUGGCCUUUGUAUGGUCGAUGCCACUUCUUGCAUAUAUUUCACCAUGUUUACUCCUCUUGUCUUUCAUGCUUUCCUUAACGAAUUUUUCAGUAUUACCCAGCCUACAAUUAUGUUUUCGUACAAGGCUCAAGUAGACGACGCCAUGGAGGAAGACAAUGUCUCUUUACCACAUCAACAGUCGUUCUCGUCCUUGAAGACUGACUCUGAUUGCAUUUACCAAAGUAACAAUGUUUAUGACAGUACUCAUUUUGAUAAUCGUGCUCCGGUUAAUCCAUUAUAUGCCGCAAGCCUUCAGAGCCCAGAUAGCAUUGCAGGAUACAGUAUAGAUAGUUCGAGCAGUUUGGAUGCCAGUUAUCAACAAAAUGGUAAUUCUCAACCUCAUUGA